AGUAAAUUUUGUAUAUUAUAAUUUCCUAUUUGGCUAGUUUAAGUAGUUUAUCUUCCAUUAUUUAUUAGGUUAAUAUUGUGUGUGUACCAGAUAACUUUAGCUGAAGUAAUAUUUAAACAAAAUGCCAGCUUUAUCCAGAAAAACAUUCGUUGUACCUUUAAAUAAAAAAACUAAAUUUAAAUCACCUAUCACUUACAAGGAAAAUAUAUCAAACCUUAUAGAUACUGCCAGCAAUAAUACUGGAGAAAAAAAUAAGGUCCAUAAGAAGCAUACUAAAGCUCUGUCAUCCUUACAGUGUGAUAAAAGUAAUACAUCAACUCUUCAGUCCAAAGAAGAGCAACCAAAACUGCUUGAAAAAUCAACAGAAAUAGAUAGUUUUGAACAAAACUCAGAUUUAAGUUUAAUAAGUUUAUCCCAAGACGUUUUAAAUAGUCAAGGGGUUAAAGAUCACUAUCUAUCAUUUUGGGAGAAUUCCUUAACGCCCGAGAUUUUAAACGAUAUUAGUUUGUUUUCCCAGCAGUUUAAUACACCUGAAAAUAAAUCUAAUAAAAAAAAGUCUACUAAACCGAAACAAACCAAAAAAUCAGAAGUAAAAAAAAUUUCUAAAAGUGGCAAUCAAAAAUUAAAAAAAAGUGCAGUUACUGAGCCUAAAUCAAAAACUAAAGAUAAAACGGAUGUAGAUCUAUAUAGAAAAAUGUGUCUCAUUCACGAAUCAAGGAAUGUAGGCCUAUUUGUAUUUUGUGAUAAUUGUAACAAGCAACGGUAUUUGCCAGAUGUGAAAGAUCCCUUGGAGUUACCAGAAACUUGGUUUUGUUGGAUGAAUAGUGAUCCUAGUUAUAAUAAAUGCACUGAUAAGGAACAAGAUGUAACUGAAGAAGAUGAAGAUUUCAUGAUUUAUAACUUAUAUAACAGUGGAAGUGUGGUAUGGGCAAAAAUCGAGGGUUACCCUUGGUGGCCAGCCAUGGUUGAAGAUGAUCCUGACAUAGAAGACUACUAUUGGUUAGAAGAGGGAAUUCUAGAACCGACUUAUUACCAUGUUACCUUCUUCGAUAAGGUGGAAGUAACUCGAGCUUGGUUAAAACCAUCAUGCAUUAUUCCCUUCGAACGAAACAUUAACAAUCCACAAAUGGCGGUGUCGUCUAAUAAUCCAUUUAACAGUAGACUAAAAUUUUCGAUAAAACAGGCCGAAGGUGCUGUAAAAUUACCGCUUCUUGACAGAUUACGCACGUAUAGUUUUAUCGAGAGAUACCGAAAACCAUUGAAAGUAGUAAGCAAAGGAAUAAAGCAACCAAAACCAGUGGUUGCAGAGAAACAACAGAAGUCAAAGACGCGGAAAAGAAUUUUAGUUCCAGAUGAUUCUUCAAGUGAAGAGAUGGAUAUUUUGUAAGAGUAGUAAAUAUGAUUAGAUAUAAGUAUAUAUUGUUAAAUAUCAAUAAUUAAAUCGUUAUAUUAUAUUCACAAUAUUUAUUGAAAUAUUUAUAUUAAUGUUUGAG